AAGAGAGGGAAAAAAAAACUCAGAGAGAAAGCCAGCAGCACAGCAGCCAAGCAGACAGGAAGCAACAGUCCAAGCAGCGAACCUUCCAGCGCACUGACGUCUGACCCCUUCCCCGGUCACUGGCAUGUGGGCCCACCCUCCCCGCGGAAACCCGAGCAGGCCACCACCACCACCACCGGCCACCUCGCCGGAUAUAUAGCGACGCCGUAGCGAGAAAAUGGAGUUUUUUUUUUUCCUUUCCUCUGUAUAAAGUUGAUAGCUUUUUUUUUUUCUUUGCGUUGCGAGCUAUGGUUGGUGGUGUGGUGGUUCGGGCUCUGCUGCUGGCCGCCGUGGCUGCGGCCGCGGCGGAGGCGCUGAGCCUGGACGUCCACCACCGGUACUCGGCGGCGGUGCGGGGGUGGGCGGAGGCGGCGGGGAAAGGGCGCGGGUACCAGGCUCCGGCGGCCGGGACGGUGGAGUACUACGCCCGGCUGGCCGGCCACGACCUGCGUCGGCGGUCUCUCGCCGUCGGCGGCGGCGGCGGCGGCGCCGAGUUCGCCUUCGCCGACGGCAACGACACGUACCGCCUCAACGACUUCGGAUUCUUGCAUUACGCGGUGGUGGCGCUGGGGACGCCGAACGUGACGUUCUUGGUGGCGCUCGACACCGGCAGCGACCUCUUCUGGGUGCCCUGCGACUGCCUCAAGUGCGCGCCUCUCCAAUCCCCCAGCUACGGAAAUUUGAAGUUCGACGUGUAUAGCCCUGCGGAAUCGACUACUAGCCGAAAGGUCCCGUGCAGUAGCAGCUUAUGUGAUCUCCAAAAUGCCUGCCGUUCUAAAAGUAACAGCUGCCCCUACAGUAUCCAGUACUUGUCCGAAAACACCUCAUCCUCCGGGGUACUAGUGGAGGAUGUCUUGUACUUGACAUCCGACUCUGUGCAAUCGAAAAUUGUUACAGCUCCCAUCAUGUUUGGUUGUGGACAGGUCCAGACAGGAUCAUUUCUAGGCAGUGCUGCACCUAACGGCUUGCUUGGGCUUGGGAUGGACAGUAAAUCGGUUCCUAGCUUGCUAGCAAGCAAAGGACUUGCUGCUAAUUCAUUCUCCAUGUGCUUUGGCGAUGAUGGUCAUGGUAGAAUCAAUUUUGGGGACACAGGAACCUCGGAUCAGAAGGAAACUCCAUUGAACAUUUAUAAGCAAAAUCCAUAUUACAACAUAACCAUCACAGGAAUUACGGUGGGAAGUAAAUCGGUCAACACUGAGUUCAGUGCUAUUGUUGACUCUGGCACCUCUUUCACGGCUCUGUCUGAUCCAAUGUAUACCCAGAUCACUAGCAGUUUCGAUGCACAAGUCCGUUCGCGCCGGAACCAGCUUGACUCUUCCAUGCCGUUUGAAUUUUGCUACUCAGUAAGUGCCAACGGAGAUGUUCAUCCAAAUGUAAGUCUGACAGCAAAAGGUGGAAGCAUAUUUCCUGUCAAUGAUCCAAUAAUUACCAUAACGAACAAUGCUUUUACUCCAAUUGGCUUCUGCUUGGCUGUUAUGAAGAGCGAGGGUGUUAACUUAAUAGGAGAGAAUUUCAUGUCUGGACUAAAGGUUGUCUUCGACCGAGAGAGAAUGGUGUUGGGUUGGAAAAACUUCAACUGCUACAACUUCGACGAGUCGAGCAGGCUCCCAGUGAACACAAGCCCUUCCGCUGUUCCUCCGAAACCGGGGCUAGGUCCGAGUAGCUACACCCCUGAAGCAGCCAAAGGUGCUCUGCCAAACGGCACCCAGGCCAACAUGAUGCCUUCAGCGAGCUCACCAAUGCAGCUGCACUUCAGGAGAAUCUUCAGUGCCAUUCUUCUCCUCUUCUUCGUCUUGCUCUGAAUCUCUGAUCAGCUCAGCUCCACCCACGAUAACUUUGGAGCUCCAUUAUCAUCAUGUAUUGAUUUGAUUACACAUAGGGUCACAUUCUUUUUGCUUGCUUUUGUAGUUGCUGUAGGUCUAUAGGAGUUGUAGAGAGGAUAGAUCACACUCACAGGAGUCUGUCAUAGAAGGCCAUUUUUCAGUUGAUUUUUUACGUGUUGAUAUGCAUAAAACAUCAUAAUAAUGCAUUCCACUGAGGGGUUUGUUUUCAGGUGGAUGGAUGGAUGUACAUGUAUACAGGAUUUUUGAUGUAUUAACUCAAUAGAUUAAAUGAUUGAUGAUACUGGCCUAAAUACCU